GCUCAUUACUCGUAUCGGCACUCGUCGUAUUAGUAUCAUGGCACCCAAAGCAUCAGGAUCGAAAGGAGCUAAGAAGGCCGCCACCAAGGCAAAGGCCAACCGUGGGACUGACAAGAAAAGGAGGAGGAAGAGGAGGGAAUCCUACAGCAUCUACAUCUACAAAGUGUUGAAACAGGUGCACCCCGACACCGGUGUGUCCAGCAAGGCCAUGUCCAUCAUGAACAGCUUUGUCAACGACAUCUUUGAGAGAAUCGCCGCUGAGGCUUCCCGUCUCGCUCACUACAACAAGAGGUCCACCAUCACCAGUCGGGAGAUCCAGACCGCUGUCCGUCUCCUUCUGCCCGGUGAAUUGGCCAAGCACGCUGUCAGUGAGGGAACCAAAGCUGUCACCAAGUACACCAGCUCCAAGUAAACUCCUGAAAAGUUUACUACUACAAACACAAACGGCCCUUUUCAGGGCCACCCAAACUCCUCAAAAAGUCCCAAUGAACACUCGAAAAAACGCAAUUACUUAGUUCUUAGUUUUGUGUUAUGUUUCAAUUCAUCAUAAGUUAAAAGGGUAUGAAUUAGUUAAGUAUGUGUGUGUAAAAUAAACGAAUAUAUGUGUGAUAUGAGUUGUGUGUUGUAAUGUAUAUUGUGUGUAUACAUGUAUGUAUCAAUCAAAGCAUAAUGCAUAAACAUACGGAAAUGAAACAUGUCUUGAUCAUGAUUUUAAUUGAGUGGAUAAAACUGUAGUUGGACAAUAUCUAUUGAUAAAUGGAAAUGUACUGCAAACGUGUGUGGAGUUUACUGGUGUUACUUGUCCGUGUGUAUUGCGAUGACCAAUGUAAUGUAAUGUUAUUGUAUAUUGCGGUACGUAUACGUGUAUCUUUAUGCGUAUGUGUACGAUAUUAAUUUUGUCGAUAUCUAGUCUCCGUGUGGUGGUAGUAGUAGUAGUAGUAGUAGUAGUAGUAGUAUAAGAUCAGCAUUUAUGU